AUGGCUUUUGAGCAGAGGAAGUCUGUUGCUGCAGCAGCCGUGGCAGAUUGUUAUGGUAGCAAGUACAGCAGCCCUUCCAAAAGGGAUCUCCUGGUGCGUUCCAGAAGAAGAUGGGUCUUAUCUACAAUUGAAUUAGAAGAAGAAAAGGAGGCACAGUACCCCUUUGAGAUUUCACAGAUGUAUAACGACAAGAUUGAGGGGAAAGCCUUUAGGUUCCUUUUAAGUGGUGAAGGUGUGCCGGACGUGUUUACCAUCAACGAAAACACUGGAGCCGUCUUUGCACAUAAAAAAGUGGACAGGGAGCAAAAGCCACUUUACCAUAUUAACUUUGAUGUCUUGGACAGAAAUACGGGUGAACAACUAGACAAGGAACUAGCAUUUGAUGUUGAAAUACAAGACAUAAAUGAUAAUCCACCCAAGUUCUCUUUUCCUGAAAUAACAGUUAAUGUAAAAGAAAAUAUACAAGAAAGGUUUUUGCCAGUUACCCUGGUGGUCACAGACAUAGAUAAGGAGAAGACACCCAACUCUGAAUUUGACAUAACGAUGGUUUCACAGAGUCCAGAAGAGCCCAAAAUUGCUGUGCAGCAGCUUGAAGGAGGACUGGCCAAACUCACCUUAAAAGGAUGCUUUGACUAUGAUAAAGCAACAAAGUAUACCAUCAUCUUACAAGCAAAAGAUCAUGGAACAAAGCCAAAGACUCUGUCCUCUACUGCUGUUGUCAACCUGAACAUUGUCGAUGCAAACACUCACCAACCAAGAUUUAAGGAGAGACAGUACAACGGUGAAGCAAUAGAAAUGGAGACCAUUGCUAAUUUUUUGAGAGUUGCUGUGGAGGAUAAAGACACUCCCAACACUGAUGGAUGGCGUGCCAAGUACUCGAUAAUUGCAGGGAAUGAAGAAGGAAUCUACAAAAUUGAAACUGAUCCAGAAACAAAUGAGGGUGUCCUGAGUAUUGUCAAGAAAAAAAAUUUUGAACGCACAACUUCAAUAAACCUGCAGAUUGGAGUAAAAAACAUUGAAGACAUAUUUGUUUGUGCUGGCACAAAUCCACCUACAGACAGAGCCAAUGUCACUAUAAAAAUGGUUGAUACCAACGAUCCACCAGAGUUUGAAAAAGCUAUAGAUGACACAUACUUGAAGGAGGAAGCAGAGCCUGGAAAGGUGCUGUUCAAGCCAAAGGUUAUUGAUGUUGACUCUAAUGUUACCAGGUAUGUGCUCCUAACAGAUCCAGCUGACUGGGUGGCCAUUGAUAGCAAAACAGGAGAAAUCAAAUCAACUAAGAGGAUGGACAGAGAGUCACGAUUUGUUGAUGACGAGAAUGUUUACACAGUCGUCAUAGCUGCCAUAGAUGAUGGUAAACCUCCAGCCACAAGCACAUGCACUGUCAAGAUCCACCUGGCGGACAUCAAUGACAAUACUCCUAAACUGGUCAACAACAGCGCUGUCAUGUGUGGAAACAAGGUUAAAAAGGUCAAGGUGCGUGCAAAGGACCUAGAUGCCAAUCCUUAUAGUGGACCCUUCCACUUUUCUCUGGGGGAUGAAACACAAAAGCAACAGUGGAAAAUAGAACCUGACUAUGGUGAGGAAGUAUCUCUUGUUAGCCAGAAGACACUUCCUUAUCUUAACUAUUCCAUUCCCCUGGUGAUUAUGGACCAACAGAGCGUAGCUGGACAUGACACUCUGCAAUUGACCGUGUGUCAAUGUGAUGAAAAUGAUGUUUGUCGCGGCAGAGAGCCGCUUUCAACCCGUCUUGGACCAGCUGGCAUUGGGUUGGUUAUUGCAGGAUUGCUUGCAUUUUUGUUGCUUUUAAUUGCACUAUUGUGCAAGUUUGGACCAGAUAAGAUUGAGUUUUUGCCACAAGAUGAGGGCAAUCAGACUCUAAUCCAGUACAAUCAAGAAGGAGGGAGCUCUCCCUGCACGACCGAGCCCAAUUUCUUCCAGUCACAAGUAGAUAAUAUGGCAGUGACAGAUGGUCAGAUGGAUACCAUGCAGAUUGAUACAGAAAGACCAUAUGACGUAAAUAGGUACAACAGCUCAGUGUCUACCAUGGUCCAAAAAGGUUGA